AUGCCUCUAUCAGAGAAGGUGGCCUUUGUCACGGGCGCUAAUGGCAUCAGUGGGUUUUCAAUCGUUGAACAUCUGAUUCGGACGCCAAAGGACGAGUGGAUCAAAAUCAUCGUCACAUCGAGGCGACCCCCUCCUGUUGCUUGGAUCGACCCUCGAGUUGAGUUUGUUGCAGUUGAUUUCCUGGAUCCAGUCGAGAACAUUGUUGCCAAAUUGAAGGAAAUCUGUGCGGACGUUACGCACGCCUUCUUUACAUCGUACGUGCACAGCGAUGACUUUAAGGAACUUCCUGUGCAGAACGUUCCUUUGUUCCGCAACUUCCUUGAUGCCGUAGAUGAGACGUGUGCUAGGCUGCAGCGAGUCACUUUGCAGACCGGCGGAAAGUAUUAUGGUGUUCACCUCGGACCCGUCAAAGCCCCCCUCGAAGAGUCGUUCCCUCGCUAUGACGAUCAGGGAUACAACUUCUACUAUCCACAGGAGGACUAUCUCAAGGAGCUCUCUGCUCGUAGCAAAACUUGGUCAUGGAACAUAAUUCGCCCCAAUGCUAUCAAUGGCUACACGCCUCAUGCGAACGGAAUGUCGGAGGUUUUCACCUUGGCUCUCUACAUGUUGAUCUGUCGCGAGCUGGGCCAACCAGCCAACUUCCCAGGCAAUGAGUAUUUUUGGAACACUGUUGACGACAACUCAUACGCUCCCAGUCUAGCGGAUCUAACCGUCUAUGUCGCCUCUCAGGAUCAAUGUAAGGACGAGGAUUUCAAUCACACCAAUGGGGACGUCUUUAUCUGGAAGUAUAUAUGGCAAGACUUUGCCGCCUAUCUGGGUGUUGAGAGCCCAGAUCCAACUUUCGAGAAGGCCCCUGGUCGGACAGAUCACCUGGCGUGUGAAAUUGACAUGGUGGAAUGGGCGAAAGACAAGCGUCCUCAUUGGGAACGAAUUGUCAGCAAGUAUGGCGGCAGGGCUGAUGCCUUCGAUUGGGGAACCUGGGGCUUUUUCAACUGGGCUGCGGGCCGAUCGUGGAUCACAAUCUCGUCUGUGCACAAGGCGAGAAAGUUUGGCUGGCAGCGGAGUGACCGGACAUUGGAUACUUGGAUUGAAACCUAUCGAUCCUUUGAGAAUGCGGGUGUUCUUCCUUCGCGUUCGGCUCUGCACACCUUCAAGGUCAAAUAG